AUGGUAAACGGCGCGGCCUACGCCUUUGAAAAUUGUAGGCAGGCAGGGACCGGUGACAACGCGGGCGCGGUCAUUGUGGUCCUCGACCCUAAUUUGCGGGUGAUCGAGAUAGCGGAUUUGUCCAGCCAACAUAUUGUUGUAAUUAAAAUAUCGAGAGGCAGCGGUAAUGAUGCAAUCACAGUGGUGUCGGCGUAUUUUAAAUACAACACGCCGACCCACAACUUUAUAAUAAAGUUGAGGUCAAUACUUGACCGGGAAAGCAGAGCAGUCAUUGGAGUUGAUGUAAAUGGUCACUCGCCGCUCUGGCAUUGCGACAGUACAAAUGACCGUGGUAGCCAAACGGUUGAAUUAAUUGAGGAUUUCGACCUCACGGUCGUUAAUCGGGAAAGCCCACUAAGAACGUAUGAACGGGAAGGUAUGGGGUCAUCAAAUAUUGACGUAACCUUCGCGACACCGCGAAUUGCAAACCUGGUGCAGGGCUGGUGGGUAAAGGAUGUAACCGACAGCGACCACAACGUGCUGACGUUCGCCGUAGACCUCAGGGCCAACAGAGAGCCAAGGGAAGUAGCGCACAGGUACAACACCAAACGAGCAGACUGGGCCAAGUUCGUCACAUGCCUAUGUGACCAAAGGGCCGAAAUUGACAGGUCCAACAUACACUCGCACGCACGGACGAUAGUCAACGUGAUACAAAGUGCUGUCACGGACUCCAUGCCAAGAGUGAGUGUAGCAGGCAGGAGGGCGGGUAAACAGCCUUGGUGGACAGCCGACCUCACCACUGCCAAAAAGGCACUAGACCGUAUGAGGAGACUUGGCCUCCACAGAACUAAUAGACCAACAUAUAAUCUGGCUCGAAAUGCAUACGUCGGCCAAAUAAGAACGGCCAAACUUGAAGCGUGGCGUUGUUUUGCUGGCGACAUCAACGCCAAUACGUGGGGAAAAGCAUUCAGCUGGGCCAAAAACGGCUCUAGGUCAAAAAAGAUCCCCUCCACCAUGGUUCGCCCAGAUGGAGCGAUGACGGAAACGAUCGACGAGACAGCGGAGGUGCUCUUAGGGUCUUUCUUCCCAAGAGAGAGGCAUAAAAGAGACCUCACAAAGAGCGGGCCCCUAGAGUCAUACGAUGGCGAGAUAAACGCCGAAAGAGUCAGGGCGGCGAUAUGGCGGAUGAGUCCUAGAAAGGCACCCGGAGCCGACGGCGUCACGGCCGGGAUGCUGAGAAAAACAUGGCCAGUCUUAGGUGAUGAGAUAGUACACCUCUUCAGGUCAUGCAUCAUAGAGGCCACCUUCCCUCAGAGUUGGAAGUGCGCCAAAUUAGUUGUACUAAAAAAGCAGGGAAAAAAGGAUACCACUAAUCCAAAAUCAUAUAGACCAAUCAGCCUGCUGCCUUCAAUGGCGAAAGCGCUCGAGACGUUAAUCAUCCAAGAUCUCGAAAAUGAAACGGACCUAAACAGUUAUAACCAGCAACAUGGAUUCGUGCCCGGUAGGUCGACCAUCACGGCCAUAAAGUCCUUAUACGACUGGGUUAAAGGCAGUAACGGCAGGCAUGUGUUCGGGGUGUUUCUGGACAUCACCGGGGCCUUCGACAACGUCGGCUGGUGCCCGCUGUUGUCCAGACUCGAUGCACUUGGCGCCUCACUAAGGACAACUAGACUGAUCCAGAACUACCUGGGAAACAGAUCAGCUAGCCUCGAGAUCGAGGGAAAACGUUAUACAAGAACUAUUGAGCGCGGCUGCCCGCAGGGGUCUCAGCUGGGCCCAACGUUGUGGAAAGUUGCUAUGACAGACAUAAGUAAUAUACGAUUGGAAGGCACAGCCAACAUAGUGCUGUAUGCAGAUGAUAUUGCCCUUACGGUGGCAGCGGCGAGACCCCACACAGCACAUAGCCGAAUCGAAAAAUACCUUGACAGCCUUAAAGCGUGGGCAAAGGCGUAUGAGUUGGAGUUUUCACCGGCCAAGAGUCAAAUAAUCAGCCUAAAGGGAGGACUGAAGCCAGGCUAUACAGUCGGUUUUGGAUCGGGCGAAAAUGACCCAAGGAUCGUGGCCGAAGCGACGGCAAAGUAUCUGGGUGUCAUUUUGGAUCCCAGGGAAAGCUACUGGGACCAUGUAUCGUCCCUUAAAAAUAAGUCAGAAGACAUGUACAAAAGACUCAGACGAAUGACGUCAGCAAAUUGGGGCAUGGGCCGAGCGACUGCAAAGGUUAUUUACGAAGCCGUCUUCCUCCCGCGUAUUACGUACGCGGCUGAAAUUUGGGCCGAGGGUUAA